AUGCCGCUCAAGCGGAUGAUGCCGCCGGUCGUGGACUUCCUGUCGCUCUUCUCCGCAGCAAAGUCGGCGUCCGAGUACAACUCAAGCUGGAUCUUUUUAGUCAAGGUCUUUCGCUGA